ACUGUAACUGUAUUGUCCCUAUGCUUUUUUCUUCUUCUGUUUUUUGGUUGUCCCCUUUCACACACACUGAUCUCGUCAGUGGAGAAAGGGAAGGAGAGGAAAAGAGAACAGAUUAAAAAGAGGAAAAAAAGAAAAAAGGAAGCAUAUUCUCUCUCUUCUCCCUUUCCAUCUCCUUAUAAAUCUUUCUCUGAACGGAGAGAGAGAGAGAGUAUUGAACCUUCUAUCUUUAAUAGAGAAUUUGGAGCCUCAGGGUCUUGUAGGCAGGACUUGAAGUUUGGUGAUGAAGAAAAUUUCCAAGAGCAGCUGCAAGUCAGCAUCACACAGGCUUUUUAAGGACAAGGCAAGGAACCAUGUUGAUGAUCUUCAGGUGAUGUUCUUGGAUCUGCAGUUUGCCAGGAAGGAGAGCCGUACGGUUGAUGCUGCACUUCUUGAGGAGCAAGUCCAUCAAAUGCUUCGUGAGUGGAAGGCUGAGCUCAAUGAACCAUCUCCUGCUUCUUCUUUGCAACAAGGUGGCAGUCUUGGAUCCUUCUCGACCGAUGUUUAUAGGCUAUUGCAGCUCUGUGAGGAGGAAGAUGAUGCCACUAGUCCAUUAGUUGCACCUAAGCCUGAACCUAAUGAUCUGACUAUGCAGGUUGGGGCUAAGGUCAUAGUCCAAGAGGGCCAACAUCAACAGGAUUUCCUGUUGCUUAGCGAAUGCAAACCCUCCACUGUAGGAAUUCCCAACUUGGAUGGGCCUGCUCUAGAGUAUCAUCAAUUUGACUUCAAUAAGAACUUGGAUCACAGCUUUUAUGCUGGUACAAGAUUUUGUGAGGAAGAUGGUGUUCCUCACAUAUCUAGCUAUCUGCCAAGUGCCUGCCCUCCUCCUUCUGCUUUCUUAGGUCCGAAAUGUGCACUUUGGGACUGUCCGAGGCCUGUACAAGGCUUGAACUGGUGUCAAGACUAUUGCAGUAGCUUUCAUGCUUCUCUAGCUUUAAACGAAGGACCACCAGGCAUGACUCCAGUUCUAAGACCUGGGGGGAUUGGACUUAAGGAUAAUCUACUUUUUGCUGCUCUUAGUGCAAAGGCACAAGGAAAAGUUGUUGGCAUCCCAGAAUGUGAGGGAGCAGCAACUACAAAAUCUCCAUGGAAUGCACCUGAGCUCUUUGAUAUUUGUGUUCUUGAGGGUGAGACUAUUAGGGAGUGGCUUUUCUUUGACAAGCCUAGAAGAGCAUUUGAGAGUGGAAACAGGAAGCAGAGAUCAUUGCCAGAUUAUAGUGGGCGUGGAUGGCAUGAAUCUAGAAAGCAAGUGAUGAAUGAGUUUGGAGGGCUGAAGAGAUCCUAUUACAUGGACCCUCAACCACUGAACCAUUUUGAGUGGCACCUUUAUGAGUAUGAAAUAAGCAAGUGUGAUGUUUGUGCCUUGUACAGGUUGGAACUAAAGCUUGUUGAUGGGAAGAAGAGCUCAAAGGCAAAGCUAGUAACAGGUGAGUCAGUUGCUGAUCUGCAGAAGCACAUGGGAAGCCUCUCUGCCAAAGGUAGUAGAACAAAGCUUGGCAUAGGAGGUGGUGUUUAUUCAGCUUCUAACAGAGUUACUCUACUAAAUGCACCAUAUCAAUACGGCUUAACUGCACCAUGUGACUAUGUUGUUGACAACACAAGUGACUAUUAUGUCACGUGAUUGAUCUUGCAUAACUUGGUCUUUUUUUUUCUUCUACUUUUUCUUCUUAGGAACAACAAGACAAGGUGAUUUUUUUUCCUUGUCAAGACACUGUGAAGUGUGAAUAGCUCAUUCUCACAGGAGUGCUGCAUGAGAGGCUGAUGGAUACCGAAUUCUAACUUUGGAAGAUUACCAACUCUAAAUCAUUUGCAUUUCGGAAAUUGACCCUUUACCGAGGCACAAAGUUGCAUUAAUUCAAAAUGAUGCCACUUAUUUGGAGGGGUUAGAUAUGCACUCUGCACUCUGCAGGGCAGACUUUCAAGGGCACAUAAAUAUUGGCUAUGUAAUAAAUGUUUCUGUCUCUUCAUGAGAAUUUAAUUUAUCAAUAACUCAGAAAAAGAAAAGGAAUCUUGGAAAGUCAGCACUGAUAAUGAUCUGUCUUGUGUUAUUCUUUUUUGGUA